UCAUUGGUUAUCCCAAAUUUUCUAACCUCUACUACAAAAUUGUUUGCUGUGUACGGUCCAAAAAUAGAUCAAUUAUAAAUAUUGAAUUUUAUGUAAAUAAACUUGUAAAUCAUGUUUAUAACGAAUAUAUUAUUUAAGAAACCUAAGAGCAAAUUUAUUUUAGUGUUGUUAGAAAGUGUAGCAAGUGGACAUAAGUACGUGGUAAAAAGAGAAAGGUUAGCUGACAAGUUGGAAGUAGUACGUUUUGAUCCCUAUGUGAAUACUGCAGUGUUAUACAGGGAACUGAAGAAAAUUAGAAGUAUAUAAACUAUAAUUCAUUGCAUAUAUAGCCUAUCUUUAUAAGGUAUUAGAUAAUUAUUUGUAAUAAAAAUAUGUGAUAA